CGCGUCUUGUGACUGGGCUCUGCGACAGUGACGACGGCCUAUCAGGGUACAGCUCGCUAUAUAUAUCGCGCAAGACCCCCCCCUUGCUCUUCCCUUGCUCUUCCGUAUUUCCAUCUUCUACCGCACACACCGAAGCAUCCAUCAUGACCAGAACCGAACGCGACACCUACCCCGCCGCUGUCCAGAAGGACAAGCACUCCCGCUCCGGCCUCACCAAGACCGAACUCGCCCACAAGUCUGGCGCCGGCAGACACAACUGGGGUUCCCUCCGCACCAAGGGCGACGACGAGUCCUUUGGCCGCCAGGACGGCGACCUCGAAGUCCUCGACGAGCCCAUCCCCGACGAGGCCACCGACAUCUUUGACUUCGAGUCGGAGGGCGAUGACUUCCCAGUCGGCCGAAAUCUGACCAGCGAUGCUGGGAACGACUUUAAGGGGUUGAACAUUCAGCAGAGGGACGCAAAGUUUGAGUCUCAAGGCGUCGCGACGUCGCCUACCGAGAGCACUGGUAGCUUCGACUCUGUUGACAGGCCCGACCUCGGUAGGAGGGGCAGCUCUGUCACUGACCAAGAGCGUGAGAGGGCCCGCCACUUUAGGGAAGGCGUGCUUCACAAGAAGGCUGGUCGAGGAAUCGACCUCGCCGAUAUUGCCAAGACGUCUUACGGUAUCGCCCAGUCGGCCCCUACCAACAGCUACAUCGGCACCAGCCCCUCCAGUGGAUUCCAUCUCUCCAAAUAACCCAUCAUUGUAUACCCCGUCGAACGCCAUCGACCAUUCAUCGGCAUUGUGCAUUGAAGCUCGUACUGUUGUGUUUCUCUUGUGUUGAAGUCUUCAAAAGAAAAGGAAAAGAGUUGUAGGAUAGGAGAAAGUCAACAAGAAGCUGUAAACUAGAAAACCCAUAUCAUGCAACUGGUCCAGGAGUUUUAUUUCUACAGCACAGCAAGACAACAGCAACGUCAUCAUAUCAAGCACCCUGCCCUGUCGGAUCAUGCACAAACAGCCGACUCAACCUCGUC